GUUUUAAGGAUACUUAGUCUCCCUCCUCUGUAUAUAAUUUCCCUUCAUCUAUACACAGUAUUGGGUUAGUCCUAGAAUAAGUUUUGCCAAUGAUCACAUGCAAUGCCAACUAUAAGUUACACUUUUUAUUUGUUAAAUUAGAUUUUUUAAUUUAUUAAAUCAGACAUAUGGACAGGAAGUGAGGUGAAAAUAAUAAUGAAGAAAGUUUUAGACUAAUAAAUUAGUUACCUUAGUUUAAACACUUCAGUAUAUUUCUUGCAGAAUGCAUAAUUUAUAGGAAAUUCAAUUUCAGGAGAUUACUUCUAUGGUACUUUUUUUAUAAUUUUCUCUCAUCCAAAGGAGAAUGGAUAGAAUUGCCUAAGGUGAACCCAUAUUCAAAGGAACCAAAACGAAAUCACAACCAACCACCGUUGGCUAUGGAAAGCAAGCCUUCAAUCUCGCUAGACAUGGAUAUGGAAAGAAUACUGAUGGAAGUCCAUAAAACAUUAGCAGCUGAAGGAAGGACUUCAAUAAAUGGAAAAGAGAAUUUCUUGAAAAAACUUCAGUCACAAUUACUAUCUAAGAUAUGGGGAGCAAGCAGCAAUAUAUGGUCAAGAACUGGUGUCGAGGCCAGAGGUCAUGGUCAUGUACUUGCAUUUCCUUCAUUGGAAGGUGCACUGAUGACAAUUGCAUUUCUUACAUUUGCUGUGUUCCUCAUUAAAAUUGUGAAGCAAUGUCUUCAAGGUCUUCAAACAGGUAAUAAUGUGGUUGGCAUAGAGCUUCCUGGGACAAUGGUCACUCCAGCAAAAGUAGUUAAGCAUAAAAGAAGCCUUAAUAAAAUCAAUGUAUCAAAAUUUUUCCAAUGUUCGAAGCUGUCACAGCUAUUGCCAAGUAAAUUUUGCUCACCCAAUGUAUAGAAGAGGAAUAACAGAUUAAAACUUGUUUUACAAACAUAUGAAUAAUUACAUAGGGAUUUAUUAUUAAAUGGUAUUGUUGACUGACUUACAAAAUGCCGUAUCAGAAAUAAGAUAUUUCUCCUGCAAUACAAUUAAUUUACAGCUAAUACUUUAUUAGUAAUGUUGAUAAUAUUAAAGUAUGAAACUAGUUGGAGAAUAUAAUUGAUAAUAAUACUGUUUACAUCAAUGGACAAUAUUUUUUCUUACAAAUUUAUUUUUUAUUUUAUUUAAAACAUAUCAAUGUAGUUAACUUUGUAUUUAUAUAAAUUGAAAUUUAUCAACAGAAACUUUAGUAGACAUUUCAUUAUAGAAUGAUUUUUUACUAAAAGAUAAGAAUCAUGUAAUGUUAAUUACAAUUAAAGUACAAUAAAUAUGUGAGUCAAUAACUAGAUAUGUAAGAUCUCUUAAGGUCUGGUCAAUUUUUAGUUUAUACCUGAAAUUAUUUUAUAUAAUCUGAAAUUUUAAUUAAAAAACUUUCUACUUACACGUACAAAUCUUAUAUUUCUAUAGUUAUGAAAGUUACAGCAGAAAAAAAAUCAAGAAAAAUGAUGGAAUUAAUCAUAAAUCAACCAACUAUUGCUUUCAAU